GGCCCCGCCCCUGGAAACGCGCCGCGGCGAAGGCCUCUCCCGCUAGCUGAGUGUACAAGGGGGCGGCCGGGUCCGCGGCCCUGCGGCCACUAUGAAGCUAACGCGAAAAAUGGUCCUGUCCCGAACCAAAGCUUCGGAGCUGCACAGCGUGCGGAAGCUCAACUGCUGGGGCAGCCAGCUCACAGAUAUUUCCAUAUGCCGCGAGAUGCCCAGCCUGGAAGUGAUCACACUCAGCGUCAACAGUGUCUCCACCCUGGAACCUGUACGUGGCUGCCGACGCCUGAGCGAGCUGUACCUGAGGAGGAACCGUAUCCCCAGUCUGGAUGAGCUGUUCUACCUGAAGGAUCUACCACACCUCAGGGUGCUGUGGCUGGCCGAGAACCCGUGCUGCGGCACUAGCCCGCACCUUUACCGCAUGACUGUGCUGCGCAACCUGCCCCACCUGCAGAAGCUAGACAACCAAGCGGUGACGGAGGAAGAGCUGACUCGCGCACUGAUGGAGGGAGAUGAGAUCACUGCUGCCCCAGACAGAGAGGGUAUAGGCAAUGGCUGUCCCAAGCCCUCCUACACCCUCAGCUCUGUCAGCUUGACAACUGAGACCAGCCCCGGCCUGCUGAGCUACGCAGAGGAAACAGAUAGAGCCCCGGGCCAGACUGCUGGAGACCAUCCUCCUUCCUUCUCACAGAGGGAUGCCCUGAGGAGUCACAAGAGUAGGAACAUCCUGACUGCCAUCUUGCUACUGCUGCGGGAACUGGACAUGGAGGGGCUAGAGGCUGUCCAGCAGACUGUGGGCAGCCGGCUACAGGCGUUGCACAGGCUGGAGCCCCAGGAGGACAUGGAGUGACUGCAUAUGCCCCAGUACCUGGACCCUGUAUCCUGUGGAAACACAGCUCAACCUGAAAAGCCUCCCUCUGGACUCCCAACACCAGACCCAGGGAGGAACAGGGACUGCCAGCUGAGCAGACCCCUCUCUUGUGCCUAGGGCUGGCAGAGGUGCUGCCCAUCAGCAUGGUCCCUUACAGCUGAGACCUUGAGGAUCUGGGCACUGCCUGACCCUUCCUCAAGGGGGACUGUACGAGCCAUACCCUCCAAUAAAGCACUUUGUUCGGGCUGGAAGCCAGCAUCUCAGUGACAGGCAGGGCCUUGACCUCAAGGUCCAUGCUGUUUCUCAGCAGCUAUGUAUGGGGGAACCCUGAUGUCCCUGUGUCAAGCCUGUCCUCAGGGAGGUGGCCUGAAAUGGUCUUACAAGACACCGUGUCCCAGAUGUCCUUAGAUACCGUAGCCUAGGAGAAGGGAUUCCUCUCAGGACAAGGAUGGGCAGACACUGUCCAUUUUAUUUCUUCUUCAGGAGAGGGAUGUCACCCGGGUAGAGUAACUGUUGGGGACAUCCAGAGGUGCCCAGCAUUCUGAGGUGUCGGAUGCCAUCAAUAAAGCUGUCUUUGUUAGAACAGCUGGGGUAGGGCCUGUAACUUACCCACCAGGCAGGAGGGCCAUGGGGUGAGCUUACACCUGCCACAAGAGAACAGAACCAAGAAAGAUAUCAAGAUUAGCCUAUAUAUAUUAUAUAUUAGCAUACAUAGAACAAUGAUCAAAAAGUCUGGAACCACGACCACCACUAUGGUACAGGUAGACAUGGCCCAAGAAGCCUGCUGUAUACAAUAGCUGACCUUAUAGGGUCUUAAUGCUGAAAGUUCAGGACCACUGGCCACUAGACCUUGUUCCUCCUCUGGUCCACCUCCAAUCUUGGGAGUACUUUCUCUCUUAAUAAACUUGUUUCUAUCAGUA